UCUCCAAUUUCUAUUUCAAACAAUUCUACUACAGUUAUAAUCCACUUACAGGAACCGUUGUAAUAGUGCAGAGUCACUGAAGAGUUUCUUAGUAUACCUGCGGUUCGUACAUAUUGUGUCUCUGCGGCAAGAAACACCAAUAGGUGUCAGUGAAAGACGCUGGACGUUAAGGAUGUUGCAGUGGACCGAGAUGGGGCGCAUUUUCUUGUUUUCCUUGUGCCUUAUCACUCCAAUAAUCGGACAGGCGGGGACACAGUAUGUGCAGGUCGGCAUACUACAUGACACUUCAGUUACUCUCCAGUAUGAGGGUACCUGCAUGUGGGCAAUCGAAGUCAGUGUUGAAGGCAUCUCACAAGAAAAAGUGAUCAAAGAAGGUCCAGAGGUCAUGAUUGGACACAAUGUCACACAGUCGGCCAAAUUUUUCAGCUGCUUGUGCAGAGCAAAUGGAAAUCUGCUGUUAAAUGUAACAUUUGCUGUGUAUGAUGCUGACGAAAUCCCAGCUCCCACGGAGAUUACCUUGCGGAUAGAUACCCUUCAGUGGGACCAUGUGUUACAUCUACCUGCUCUGCCUGCUGGCUUUCGAGUCUUCACUAACUACAACAUCUCCUACUUCGUGACAGUGAGAGACAUGGAGAGUGGAGAAAAUGGAGAGACAUGGUCCGCAAAUGAGACCAGUCUCAAUGUGUCGCAAGUCCUGGACGACUGCAGGAGACAAACUUUCACUGUUCAGACCCUGGUCAAUGACAUGGUCUCCGGUCAGAGCUCCUCCUACAACACUACUCCAAAAGGUGUAUGCAUUGCGAGUCGUGAGAUCAAUGGCACCAAUGAUAGCACACCAGGUGAUAUCCAAGUGCCAGAAGAGUUCUCUCCUGCACCAGAUCCACCAAGUAACACAACUAUGUUGUUACCAAGUUCACCAGCUACUACUUCACCAGCACAGACAAUUACCGUAGAUAGUUCCAUCUAUCUAUAUACAACAGGUUUGGUGGUCAUCACCUGGAUCUGCCAGAAGUGAUCAGACUCUUCAGGAGGAGGACAUGGGACAUGAAGUCACUAAGUACUUAUAUAGUAUAAUUACAGGGAUGGCACAGGUUGUGCUGCAUUAUGCCAUACAUUAUUAUUUUUGAUACCAUUUGAUAACUUUUGUACCAUCUGUUGUAGUCCUUUCACCACCGUCGUGCAUAUGCUCCCGUGUUUUGCAAGUCCCAAGUAAGCCCUUGUGGAUAUAUGUAUCACUCCUU